AUGGCGGCAACCGUUGGAGAACUUGGUGGCAGUGGCUCAAAAAUGCCAAAGGAUAUUAAAAAGAGGCUCACCUCAUACCUGAGACUUUUGGUAUAUGCGAAUCCCUCUUUCUAUGAUUUUCUACUUCUGUUUUUGGGUGUUGUUGCUGCCCUUGGAUCUGGUGUUUCGUUUCCGCUGCUGGGUAUCCUGUUUGGCGAAGUCGUCGAUGACCUCAACUCUGCCACUUGCAGUACGGAUAUCGCGGACCUGUCCGCUUUUCAAUCGGGUGUUAAUGCGCAAGUGCUGAAAGUUGUCUACGUUGGAGUGGGCUACUUUGUCCUCGCAUAUAUUUCAAUUGUUUGCUGGACCUUAACGGGCGAGAGACUUGCGCAAAGAAUUCGCCAGAAAUAUUUCAAGGCUAUAUUGAGCCAGGACGUGGUGUUUUUCGAUGACUUACCUGCCGGCGCCGUGUCCGCGCGCCUCAACGGAGACAUUGCAACCAUCCAGAAUGGUACUUCCGAGAAAGUUGGGCUUGUUUUGAACAGCAUCUCCUUCUUUGUGACCGGUUAUAUUGUUGCCUUCAUAAAAGAUGCGAAACUCGGAGGAGCACUGGUGUCGCUGCUACCGGCAUUCAUGUUGAUGUCCUUUGUCGGCAGUCACUUCAUUCAGAAGUACACAUCCCGAAUGGUUGAAAAUGUGGCCUCCUCGACAUCUGUCGCACUGGAAGCUUUAUCCAACGUCAUGGUCGUGCAUGCCUUAACUGCGAAUCCUCGCCUCGAAUCAAAAUUUGCAAAGUUUCUGGAAAUGGCAAAGAACGCCGGUAUCAAAAAAGCCAUUUCUGCAGGUAUCCAGGCGGGACUGCUUUAUUUCAUUGCGUAUUCCGCGAAUGCGCUUGCGUACUGGCUAGGCUCGAGGAGUAUUGCCGAUGCAGUUGCCUCUGGGGGCGAGGGUGCCACCGUGGGGUCGACAUAUACGGUAAUAUUUAUCCUUGUAGAUGCAUCCUUGAUUCUCAGCACAAUGGCGCCAUUCUUCCAAUACUUCGAUUCGGCCAGUGUAGCUUUUCAACAACUAGAGCAGGAUAUCGAUAGAGAACCAGAAAUCAAUGGCACAGCCAGUGGGACGGGCGAAAUUCUCCAGAAUACCACUGGACAUAUCGAAUUGAAAAACAUACAAUUCACCUAUGCAUCACGACCGGACAAACAGGUUCUCCAGGAUCUUUCGCUUGACUCAAUAGUGGGACUCUCAGGUAGUGGGAAAUCGACAAUUGCAAAUCUUAUUAUGCGAUUCUAUGACCCAAACAACGGUUCCAUACUUUUCGAUGGACGGGACAUCAAAAGUAUUGACGUCAAGUCGCUAAGGGGAUAUAUCAGCCUUGUGCAGCAGGAGCCUUGCUUAUUAGAGCGCUCAAUUCUUGAGAACAUCGCACUGGGUUUGGUUAACUCGCCGACGCAUUCUCAUUUGAAGCCCACCCUGCAAAGUGGCAAACUCUCCGAAGUCGCUGCGGCUGUUCAGAGAGGGCAGGAUCUGGAUUCGGUCGCAGAGGCGAAUGGGGCGGAAGUCGUCGAAAUAGUUCGAUUGGUUAAAGAUGCGGCAAAUCUUGCCGAUGUGAGCACGUUUGUCUCACGGCUUCAAGAUGGGUUUGGCACCCUUGUUGGGUCAAGCGGCAGCCUAAUCAGCGGAGGUCAAAAGCAAAGGAUAUCCCUUGCCCGAGCGUUGGUAAAGGACCCUAAAGUCCUGAUCCUGGACGAAGCAACAGCAUCGUUGGACUCGGCAAGUGAGCGAAGAGUUCAGGCCGCCUUGGAAAGGGCCGCGAUGGGGAGAACUCUGAUAGUGAUUGCCCAUCGACUUUCAACCAUAAGGAACGCCGAUAAGAUUGUGGUGAUGAGGAACGGCGAAAUUAUUGAACAAGGCGCGCAUUCUGAGUUGUUAGCCAGAGAUGGCGCAUAUGCCGACUUGAUCCGGCUGCAAAACCUAAACGCACGCGAGGAAGAAGAUAACCGCUCUAGUCAGUCGCUGGCCACUGACGCAGCCAUUGAAGAUGUAUCCGUGAAACUUUCCGACGAAUAUAGCUCGACAGUGGACGAGAAGCUCAACCAAAUUGACGUGGAAUCUGAAAAGAGCUCUGCUGGUCCAGUUCCCGAUGAUGAAGACGCUACUCUGGGAGCAAGACGACCGUUUGGGGCAACAUUUGGCGUUCUAUGUGGUUUCCUCCGGCCAUAUAUCUUCCAUCUGUUCCUGGCACUUGUGGCAGCGAUUAUAGUCGGCGGGACCUACUCCGCCGUCGCCGCCGUCUUUGGGAAUACGAUCGGGGAGUUGAGCCCAUGCAACGGCGAAAGCAGGAUUAGAUGGGCCGGCAACUUCUACGGUCUGAUGUUCUUUGUGCUGGCAAUUGUAGAAUUCUUUGCGAAUUUUGCGAGCUGGUCGCUUUUCGGGUUCGUGGCCGAAAGGAUUGUCUAUAAAAUCAGGGUCCUCUCGUUCCGGGCGCUUCUUGAGCAAGACCUCCAGUGGCAUGAGUCGAAUGGGAGGACUCCCUCGCUGCUGCUUACACUUAUUACAAAGGAUGGAAAUGCUCUUUCUGGCCUCACGGGGUCGUUGAUCGGGAAUCUCGUCUCCGUUGUCGUCAACUUUGUCACUGCGGUUAUCCUCACGCAUAUCAUCGCGUGGAAGAUUGCGCUGGUUUUUCUCGCUGUUGUUCCUCUGAUGCUCGGUGCAGGCGCAAUGCGAGUUAUUCAAUUCGCACGUUUUGAGCAGCAUCACGCAGAGGCGUUUACAAAAUCAAUUGGCAUUACAAUUGAAGCCGUGAAUUCCAUCAAGACGGUAUCUUCCUUUUCUCUCGAGCAAGAGAUAUUCAACACCUAUAUUCGGUCGCUACAGAAACCAAUAAAAGCAAUCACGAAGCACAGCGCCUAUGCGAGUUUAUGGCUGGCGAUUUCCUACGGCUUAAGCAAUUUCCUCUAUGCGCUGGCUUACUGGUGGGGGUCAAAGCGGAUUAUAGCAGGAGAUUAUUCGCAAACACAGUUCUUCAUUGUUCUCGUGGCCUUGCUAGUUAGUGCGCAGCUCUGGGGCCAAAUGUUUACACUGGCGCCUGAUGUUUCGCGCGCGUUUACAGCAAUAAACAGGAUAUUCAACCUUCUCGAUCUCGGCUCGGACCGGAAACUUUCCAACAACCGUCGACCGGGAACAGACGUUGAAGCUACACCAGAGACGACUGAGAAAGCUUUGGACUCUGGCAACAGCGGAAUAAGUGUGGCUUUUAAGCAAGUGGAAUUUGCCUAUCCAGCCCGCCCAGAUGUCAAAGUCCUCCAAGGGCUGGAUUUAAGUAUACAACCCGGGCAAUUUGCGGCGCUGGUUGGCCCAAGUGGCGCUGGAAAGUCGACGAUAAUCUCCCUUGUCGAGCGAAUGUACGCUCCCAGCUCUGGUGUCAUUCAAGUUGACAAUAGAGAUAUCUCCAAAUACGAAGGAAUCACGUUUAGAAACAAUAUCGCGCUCGUUUCUCAAGAUAAUGUCUUGUUUGACGGUAGUAUCCGAUUCAACCUCGCACUGGGAGCCAGGCCUGGACAUGAACCGAGCGAUGCGGAACUAGAAGAAGCGUGCAAAAUUGCAAACAUUCAUGAUACUAUUAUCAAACUACCAGAGGGAUACGAUACGUCCUGCGGUCCAAACGGCAGCCAGUUAUCUGGUGGCCAGAAACAGCGCCUGGCUAUUGCUCGUGCUCUGGUUCGAAAGCCACGUCUGUUGCUGCUAGAUGAGUCGACGAGUGCUUUGGAUGCAGAGUCCGAAAAGCUAUUACAAGAUGGGUUGGAGAAGGCGGCACGGGGAAUUACCGUUAUUGCAAUUGCGCACCGGUUGAAUACAAUUCAAAAAGCCGAUGUUAUUUUCCUAAUUGAGGAUGGAAAAUGUGUUGAUCGGGGCACGCAUCGUGAGCUGAUGGAGAGGAGCGAGAGUUAUAGGGUCAAUGCAUUGCAUCAAGCGGUUGACGGAGCGGAGCUUUCGGCGAAAUAG